AGCGGAAUCAUUCCACCACCAUCUGACUUCAUUUCCCCAGCGAAACAAAGAAAUCCAUCCUCAGACUCUCUCUCCGCCAUCUCCCUCUCCACGACCAUAGCCUGCUAGCUAAACCCCUCCUCUGUUUGUAUCAGUUUCCCAUUCCUCCAACCCCGAUGUCAACUAACCCCGCUUCUCCCCCAACCGACCCUCCAGCCAGUAUCCUCCACGCGCCGCUUCUUCACUCACAGCAUGACUCUCCAAAUUCCUCCUCCUCGCCUCCGUCUCCCAUCGAUGGCCGCUCCACUUCGCUGGCGGUUCUGCUCGGCCGGGCCACGGGAAGGCGCGGUCCUUCCCUCCUUGUCAGGGAAUCGGCCGCGCGUGAGCUCGAGGAGCGACGCGUCGACUGGGGCUACUCCAAGCCGGUUGUCGCCGUCGACAUGCUAUGGAACAUUGCCUUCGUCUUGGCGUCAUUCACGAUGUUGAUGUUGACCACCAAGGAGAGGCCUAACACGCCGAUCAGGGUUUGGAUCUGCGGCUACGCUCUUCAGUGCUUGGUCCACGUGGUGCUGGUGUGGCUGGAGUAUCGGAGGAGGAACGGCUCCGGCAGGGCGGCGUCUAGUGAUGGUGAUCGUAGGCGCCGGCAGGAGGAAGUGGAUGGUGGGAGCUUGGAUAGUGAAGAUGACGAUGGGACUGAUCGGCCUUCCUUCACUACCAGAUUCCUUAGUUUUGUGAAACGAUGCGAGUCAGUGAAUACAAUGGCAUCAUUUGUGUGGUGGAUCGUCGGCUUUUAUUGGGUGGUCUCUGGGGGCGAUCUCCUGUUGCAGACUGCUCCUCGCUUGUACUGGUUGGCUGUGGUCUUUCUGGCAUUUGAUGUGUUCUUUGCAAUCUUCUGUGUUGUCCUGGCAUGCUUGAUUGGCAUUGCUCUUUGUUGCUGCUUGCCAUGCAUCAUAGCAAUUCUUUAUGCUGUAGCAGGACAGGAAGGUGCAUCAGAUGCCGACCUCGGUCUCCUCCCUAAAUACAGAUUCCAGAUGUUGAACAAUGCUGAGAAACUCAAUUCUGAGGCAGGGAAAAUGGUUCCAGUUGAGACUAGCAGCCUAUACGUAGCACAGGAGCGGAUGCUACUGCCUGAAGAUGCUGAAUGCUGCAUAUGUCUGACAUCUUAUGAUGAUGGAGCGGAGCUUCAUACCCUACCAUGCAACCAUCAUUUCGAUUCCAGCUGCAUUAUAAGAUGGCUUAAGAUGAAUGCAACUUGUCCUCUCUGCAAGUACAACAUUCUGAAAGGAAACGAGCAGGUAUAAAUUCAUAAGUGACAGAAGGAAUUCUGAGAAUGAGCCAGCCACCGCAACUUUGUUCCAGCCAAGGCUCCGGGGGAGCAAAGCAAUCGGUUGUAAAUAGAGAACCCGCAGUUAAAGAUGAUAUAGUGUAUUCUUGCUUAUAGCUCGUAGCCUGGAGGGGUUUAUUGUGUCAUGUCUUAGUUCUUUGUCAUCCAAUAAUUUGCUAUUAGUGUUUUCAAACUCUUUUUUCAGCUUUGCCUUAUCUGAACAUUUAGGACGAGUCCCCGGAGACUGUUCUGGAAGUUUAAUUGAGUAUGUUCGAGCUUUGUAAUAUGUUUACUAGUUGAUGUGACCAAAGCAGCUAUAAGAUUUUUUAUGAUUUUCUUGAUGCCGCCUUUCUUGAAUUCGA